CUCUAAGGGACCGGACCGACGAAAGCAUCCAAAAUGGCUUCCCCGGAAAACGGAUCAUGACGGGCUUGUCUGGCGGCAGAAUGGUGGGCCCCUACGACACCCCGUGAACCGCCUACCCGCUAUAUCGUCCAUCCCUUCUCCUCUCCAUAACAGUCCAAGGCUCGACCCCCCCCAACUCCAAAAUCCCAAUCCCAUUCCCACCCUUCCUCAAGCCCCACGUAACCCCCUCUUCUUCCAUCUCGGCUCUUCCUCUAAAAUUCUGCCCUUAUAAAUCCCCUUCCUUUCUUUCUCCCAUUUCUUCACUCUGCAGUGAUUACUAAAUUAAGAAGAAAUUAAAUAAAGAGAAGGAAGGAAGAAAGAAAUGGGGCUUCCGAACCGACUCCACCACGCCUCCAGCGACUCCAUCCCGAUCCUCCUCGUCGUCGCGGCCGCCGGGUGGGUCUCCUACCUCCGCUACCUCCUCCUCUGCCUCCUCCACUCUCUCGGCCUCCUACGCCUCCACCCCUCAUCCGCCGCCGCCGACGAUCCCCUCUUCUCCGCUGCCGGGUCCGGCCUCGCCGGACUCGUCGUCGUGGCCUCCUCCGGUCGCCCCUUCGCCUAUGAGGCACUGCCGUCCGCGGCCGCGGAGGGCGAGAAGGAGGAGCCAGGCUGUGUGGUGUGCCUCUGCCAGCUCGCCGACGGUGACCGGGUCCGACGGCUGGCGUGCUGCCACGUGUUCCACAGCGAGUGCCUCGACGGGUGGCUCGAUCAGAUGAAUCUGAGUUGUCCCCUCUGCCGUUCGCCGCUGGCGGCGGAGGAGCGCCGGGCCGAUGCCGACCGCCGGAUCGGGGCGGAGCUCGUCGCCUGGCUCUCGCCCUGUUGAUCCGAUGACCACCCGAUCGGACGGUGCUUAUGCUAUCUCCUCCCAAUAAUUAGUAUAUAUAAACUUUUCUGACUUUACUCUUUCUUUUUUGAGGGUCGCCGCCGGUUGAGCUGCUCGGCCUUUUCUUCCUUCCCUCCUAUUCCCCCCCCCCCUUUUUUGGGAAGAGUUACUUGGGCUCUUCUUCUUCUUUUUGUGUGUGUAUGUUUGUGUAAUUUUAUUAUCAAAGAAAGAUAUAUAUGUUGUAAAUUUUGGUUCCUAGGAAUGAAGGGCAAGGAGGGAUAAAAUAAUCUUCAAACCCAUGGCAUUGAUAAUGGUGUGGUUUGGUUUGAUUA